AUGACAAGAGAGGAACGCCAGUCACUGAUUCACGAAGGCUCGGGUACGGUCAUGUCUGCUUAUGUGGAGAUUGUUUUUGAUAAUACGGAUCGCAGAUUUCCUAUCGACAAAGACGAAGUCGUGAUUAGAAGAACAAUUGGUAUGAAGAAAGACGAUUACUCGCUAGACUCCAAACUUGCCACCAAGUCUGAUAUUACGAACUUACUUGAAAGUGCUGGUUUUUCAAAGUCCAAUCCGUACUAUAUCGUUCCACAAGGUCGAAUCACUUCAUUAACUAAUGCCAAAGACUCUGAAAGGUUGCAGCUUCUAAAAGAAGUUGCUGGAGCUCGUGUUUUUGAAACGAAAUUGAAAGACUCGCUCAAAGAGAUGUCAAUAACCAACAAAAAGAGAGAGCAAAUUGACGAGAUGUUAAGGUACAUAGAGGGUCGUUUGGAAGAUCUCGACUUGGAGAAAAAUGAUCUUAAGGAAUUUGAGAAACUCAAUAAUAAGAAAAAAUCCCUCGAGUAUAACCUUUAUGAUAGAGAGUUGACGAAUUUAAGUGAUCAGGUUGAGUCCUUAGAAUCAGACUAUGCAGCUGCUAUUCAGGACACGUCUUCGUUGGUUGAAAAACUAGCCGAGAGGGAGAAACAGGCUCAAACCAUUGAUGCGCAGAUCGCAGAGCUUACGGCAGAUCUGAAACUCGUUGACGUUGACAUUUCUGAGAAUGAUGCCGAAAUUAGAGACGUGCUAACCACUAUAGGGGAUACGAGCGCUCGGUUGAAAGAGGCAGAAGCAGACACUGGUUAUUCUGGAGUUGAUUUUGCUUCUCAGUUGGAGGACCUAAAUGCUCUAAUAUCUCGGAAAGAAGUAGAGGUUGGCAAGUGUCAGCCUGCUCUGAAACAAGCUUUGGCCAACGAACGUGCGAUCAAAGGCAAACUGGAUGAGAUGAAGCAACAGCAACGCUUCCUUCUUUCCAAAAAAGGCCGUUUUUCACAGUUCAAGAGCAAGGCGGAACGUGAUGAAUGGCUUAAAUCAGAAAUUGCUAAUUUGUCGGAAUCUCUUGAAUCCAAAAAAGGUGAUUUAGCUGUCUACUUGAGAAAUAAAGAAGAAAUCGAGUCUGUGGCGGGAAAUCUCGCUGCUGAGUUGAGCGUUGCUAAAAAUGCUGAGUCUCUUGACACUGAAAUGGAUUCUCUCGAAAUAGAGCUGGCGAAGUUGAAGCUCGACUACAACCAACUUAUCGACGACAGGAAACAGCUUUGGAGAGAAGAAAGUAAGCUUAAUAGUAUCAUCGAGACAUACGAAACUGAAAAAGCGAGAGCCCAGCAGGGAGUCAGCGAAACUAUGGAUCGUUCAAUGGCUUUGGGACUCGAAGGAGUCCAACGUAUAGCUAAAGAUCUUGGUUUGAACGGAGUGUAUGGAACUUUGGGAGAGCUCAUUAACGUCAGCGAAAAAUACAAGACUGCAGUCGAAGUCAUUGGCGGCAAUUCCUUGUUUCAUAUUGUCGUUGAUACCGAUAAAACUGCGACGCUCAUUAUGGAGGAGCUGAUUAGACAAAAAGCAGGACGUGUGACUUUCAUGCCUCUCAACCGAUUAAAUCCUAAAACUGUGUCUUAUCCGGAUACAUCUGAGUGCGUUCCGCUCAUCAAGAAGAUUGCAUUUGACGAAUAUUUGGAGCCUGCUGUGAAGCAAGUUUUUGGCAAGACAGUUGUAUGCAUCACGCUCGAAAAGGGUGCAGAAAUUUCGCAAGCUUACAAACUCAACGCCAUUACUCUAGAUGGUGAUAGAUGUGACCGAAAGGGAGUGCUUACGGGAGGAUUCCGCGAUCAAACUCGUUCAAGAGUGGACUGUCUUAAAAACUUGACCAAGUGGAAAUCUGAGAUUUUCGGUGCCCAGGAGAGGCUUGAACAAGUUAAAAAACAGAUUGCCGACAAGGAUGCUCGAGUUACCAAAGCAGGCGAAGAAUUGGCAAAUAAGCGCAGAGAACUAGAUGCCCUAUUGACAAAAAAAGAGUCUUAUUUGUCCAUCAAGUCGAAACUUGGAAAUGAAAAAAGUAGAUAUGAUCAGGAGCUUGGCUCUCUGGAGGGGCGCAUCGAGUCGCUACAAACCUCAAUAAAACUUUCUGAGCAACAGAUUAGCGAGUACCAAGAUGAAUUAAAAUCUGAAUUCAAGGAAUCAAAUCUAAGCGAGAUCGAGUUGCAACAGCUCAAAAAGCUCAGUGAAAGUAUUUCGAGUACCGAGGAAGAAUACACUCAGGUCAACGACCAGCUCAACGAGCUGGAGCUGCGGUCUUCAUCACUCAUAUCCGAGUUGAAUGGCAGUCUAUACCCUCGGUUGAGGCAGUUGAGUUUGCGGACGUCCAAUUCCCAGCAAAAAAAUGACAUCAAGGUCGAAGAACUCGAGAAAAAGUUGCAAACUUUGGAGCAGACCAGAGAGAAACUGGAGUCUUCGAAUUCUGAGCUGCACAGCAAGUCACAGGGAUUGAAGAAACAGCUUAAAAAUCUUGAAGAUCAGCUUCAAAAACUCAAUGAGUCGCAACGGAACCUCUUGCGGCGACUAGAAAACUAUGGCAAGAGCUCUGAAAAAUCACUGAGCAGAAAGGUUUUGCUGGCUAACAGGCGCGACGAGAUUAGCCGAAAAAUUAGAGAUCUGGGUGUCUUGCCAGAAGAAGCGUUUACUGCUUACAAAGAUAAAAGCUCAGGUGAAGUUUUGACUCUAUUAAACGAAGUCACUGAGAGUUUGAAGCAGUACAGUCAUGUUAACAAGAAGGCCCUAGAACAGUUCCUUAACUUUGCCAAACAGCGUGAUUCACUGGUGGCUCGUAGAAAUGAGCUUGAUGAUGCUAAAGAGUCCAUUGAAGAUCUUAUUUCGGUUCUUGAGCGCAGAAAGGAUGAUGCCAUCAUCAGAACAUUUAAGGAAGUGAGUAUCGGCUUCACAGAAGUCUUUGAAAAGCUAGUUCCAGCAGGAACUGGUAAGUUGAUCAUUCAAAAAAGAAGUGAAAAAGUGGGCAAAGGCAAGAAAGCUAUAGAGUCAGACUCUGAUGAUGAGGAGGAUACUGAAUUGGUGGACCAAUACGUCGGUGUUUCGAUUUCUGUCUCUUUUAAUUCAAAGGAGGACGAACAACAAAGAAUUGAGCAACUUUCUGGCGGACAGAAGUCGCUCUGUGCGAUUGCUCUCAUCCUGGCAAUUCAAAAAUGUGACCCAGCUCCAUUUUACCUGUUUGAUGAGAUUGAUGCAAACUUAGAUGCUCAAUACAGAACAUCUGUCUCGCAGAUCAUUCACGAACUUUCCCAGCACGCUCAAUUCAUAUGCACUACGUUCCGUCCAGAAAUGCUCAAAGUCUGUGACAAGUUCUUUGGAGUGAUGUUCAACAACAAAGUGAGUACAGUGAGUGAGAUCGGCCAAGCCGACGCACUUGGGUUUGUCGAAGGUCAACAACGUCGCUAG